GCGAGCCAACAACACUUUCGACCGAGCGUUUCCCAGGUGAACAACGUAGAGCGGCGCAAGCGAGCGAUUCGAUUCCGAGGCGAUUUCGAAUUCGGCUCGUACGAAAUUCAGCCGAAGUGUGCGUCGGUUCUUUUUUUUCGAGUGUGACGAGUGUUGUCGAGUGUGGGAGGAGUGGGACGACAGCCUCCGCCGACAGGGAGGUGAAUAUAUCGUUUAGUGCGACAGGACGAGAGAAACGGAACGAAACGAAACGAAUCGGAAACGAAACGAAACGAGACGAGUCGAAACGAAACGAAACGAGAGUCAACAGAAUUUUGAACAAUAAGGACCUUUUUUGGGGGCAAACUGGCGCGAGGACGUCGUUGCGGCGAACAGAACCACGCUGGCCGUUGACCGAGUGGCAACGCAGCCCGAGAAUCGGAUUGGAGAAUUGGAGAAGUGAAGCAGAAGUCACUGAGACAACAGAGAAUCGAAAUCGAAAUCGAAAUCGGAGAAACUGAGAUUUUGGCAGCUGUUGCAUGCUGUGGCAGACUCAGUGACGCCGCGAGUGCCGUCGCCGCGUCUUCCUGUUGUUUUUGUUGUUUGUUUGUUUGGUGACCGCGACUCCGCGCCCCGAUCUUCGCGAGUGUGUGACUGAGACAGAGAGCUAACGAAAAAAAAAUAAAAAAACACAGUUCAUAAAAACAGUGAAACAGAAGGAGUUAGAGAUAGUGGGACUCGAGGAGAACGAGGUAUUUCGCAUUCGAGCCAAUGGUCAGAGCGACAGGGACAGCGAUGGGCCUGCUCCUGCCCCUAAUCCUGGCACUGGCCAUCGGAUCCUUCGCCGUCGCCGCCGGCAUAUCGGCCAACGAUCCGUGCUACUUUGAGGGCAAGCCGCGCAAGUGCCUGCCCAGUUUCGUGAAUGCCGCCUACGGCAAUCCGGUGCAGGCGUCCAGCGUUUGUGGCGCCCAACAGCCGGAGCGGUACUGUGAGCUGCUGCGGGAUGGAAACGCCGGCGAGUGCCGGCCAUGCGAACAGCAGCGGUACGGACCGGCGGCCCUCACCGAUCUGAACAAUCCGAGCAACGUGACCUGCUGGCGCUCGGGAGCGGUGAAUGUGCCCCACGAUCCGGACACCGCGCCGCCGGACAACGUCACCCUGACCCUCUCGCUGGGCAAGAAGUACGAGCUGACCUACAUAUCGCUCUCCUUCUGCCCCCGAUCGCCCCGUCCCGACUCGCUGGCCAUCUUCAAGAGCUCCGACUUUGGCCAGACCUGGCAGCCCUUCCAGUUCUACAGUUCGCAGUGCCAGAAGUUCUACGGUCGCCCCGAUCGGGCCAAGAUCUCCAAGUUCAACGAGCAGGAGGCGCGUUGCAUCAAUUCGCAGCACGACACGGGCGGAGCGGCCCAGCGGUUUGCCUUCAACACGUUGGAAGGUCGUCCCUCGGCCAGUGACCUGGACUCGUCGCUGGUCCUGCAGGAUUGGGUAACGGCCACGGACAUUCGGGUGGUCUUCCAUCGCCUGGAAUUGCCGCCCCAACUGCUGAAGGUGAAAAAUGCGAAUGCCUUCAGUGACGAAAUGGGCGGCAGUCGGGAGGCGGACGAGGAUGAUGAGGCGGAUCUGGAGUUGGAUGGCGAGCAGGACGAGUACGACUACAAUCUGCAGGACAAUGACAGUGCCGACGGGGCCUACGAUGAGUACGAGGAACCCAAGAAGCAUCUGGAACUGGACGACGAUCAUCUGCACUUGGACUAUGCCAGCGAUGGUGAGUCCGUUUCCAAGCGACAGGGCAAACAGAAGGGCAGUGUGUACGAGAAGCACUACCAGAGCAAAAUGGCGGCCACUACGCCUCCGCCAAAGGUCACGGCUCCGGGCAAGACCACGCCCACCACCACAAUGACCUCUGCCUCCGCCGCCGCCGCCGCCGCCGCCGCCCCCGUGAACCUGCCCGUUUCCCAGCACUACGCCGUCUCGGACUUUGCCGUCGGCGGACGUUGCAAGUGCAAUGGCCAUGCCUCUGAAUGUGUGGCCACCGUUGGCUCAGGAUCGUCAUCGCCAUCGACAUCGGGAUCUGGACUGCCUGAUCCAGAUCAGGAUGGCCAGGAUGAGGACACGCCCGCCGCCCCCUCGCUGGCCGCCCACUUUGGACGCAGUACGUCGCAGAUGAGCGCCAAGCUGGCCAUGACCUGCGCCUGCAAGCACAAUACCGCCGGACCCGAAUGCGAACGCUGCAAGCCCUUCUACUUCGACCGCCCCUGGGGCAGGGCCACCGACAACGAUGCCAACGAGUGCAAGAUGUGCCAGUGCAAUGGACACGCCCGUCGCUGCCGCUUCAACCUGGAGUUAUACAAGCUAUCCGGCCGAGUUUCGGGAGGUGUGUGCUACAAUUGCCAACACGAUACUACCGGACGGUACUGCCACUACUGCCGCGAGGGAUACUACCGCGAUGCCACUAAGCCGCCCAAUCAUCGCAAAGUCUGCAAGCGUUGUGACUGUCAUCCGGUGGGUUCGACGGGCAAGACGUGCAAUCACCUGAGUGGCCAGUGUCCUUGCAAGGAGGGCGUCACCGGACUGACCUGCAACCGAUGUGCCCGGGGCUAUCAGCAGACCCGCUCCCAUGUGGCACCCUGCAUCAAAGUGCCCACCAACGCGAACAUGAUCCAGGCCGAGAGUGCUGGCGGCGGUGGAGGAGGCGGCACGGGCGAUUACAAGGACGGCGGCGGCUCACAGGUCGAGGAAAUGAAGAAGUACUGCGGCAAGUGCAAGGCGAGUCCCAAGAAGCUCAAUCUCAACAAGUUUUGCAUGGAAGACUAUGCCAUUUUGGCCAAAGUAAUUGGCCACGAUCGCGCCUCCCAGGACAUCAGCACGGAAAAGUUCUCGAUAGAGCGGCAGAACGAGAUCUACAAGUACGAGAUCAACAUCCAGACGAUCUUCAAGCGGAAUCCCAUGUCGGGCACGACCAGUUCCUUGUUGGGCAGGGGCAACAUGAUGCUGCUGGUGCCGCGCAAGAGCAUCGAGUGCCAGUGUCCCAAAAUAAAGCUAAACAAAUCGUAUCUUAUUCUUGGACGUGAUUCGGAGGCGGCGCCUGGGUAUUUGGCCAUAGGACCCAGCUCCGUGGUCCUGGAAUGGAAGGACGAGUGGUCGCUGCGCAUGAAGCGCUUCCAGCGGCGCGCACGCAAAUGCAGUUGAAUCGAGCCGGAAACGGAAUAUGUCAGAGCGGAUUUCAAUUUCACACACUUGGCUAGGUAUCGGUUUUUGUAUAAAUUGUACAGUUUACUCAAGUUUCUGACCUUCUUCGGCAUCAUGCUAUAAAUUAAUCGAAUCGGAGCAACCCCAAUCCCUUCCCCCCGCCCCGCCCCACUCCAAUCAUCGUCAUCAGCAAUUCCCGACCGGAAGUAACCCCGAAAUAGUAGCGAAGUCCCAUCUAUAUAAUCUCAAUUCUUCCCUAGAUUACCUUCAUCCGGGGCGGUCUCUAGUCUAUAAAGCGCUUUACACAGACCUAAAAACAAACAUUCGGAAAACAAGACAACACUGCGUAUUAUCCCCUUUUGAGAAACACCAAAUGCUAAUUACAGUUACGUGCCAAUGGAUGGGCGUUGUGCUGGCCAUAAAAACCAGUUAUAAAUUGAAAAUAAAAGCGAAAAAGAGCCGAAACAUCGAGUGAAAAUGUCGCUGGUCGCAAUUCUAGACAGGCGAACAAAUGCAAAUUUUGGGUGGCAAUGGGGCAGUAUAUAGAAAAAAAAAAAAAACACGUUGACACAUAAGUGCAGUCAUAAACCAACAACACGAACCUCCACCAGAUGGCAGAUGACCAUUCAUCAGGGUCACUCAAUAGAAGCUACUAAAUAAAUACAGGAUUUUUUUGUUAUAUUUCGAUUUUCGAUUCCGAGAAGUCACUCAAUUAUUUUCUUGAUUCAGUUUUGGUAGUUUCCAUUAAAAUCUGGCAUUAAAUUUCUACUAAAUUAUAGAGUUAAAACAAAAAAUGACCGUGAAAAAAAACUGAAAUUUUAUAAGACCGAUAAAAGUGAAACAAAUGGAUUUAUUUCCAUACUAAUCGCCGAAAAAACCAAAUCAAAACUGUUUUAAAAGGAAAACUUAAGGCAACAAUUAGUGUUUAUUGUCUUUCUGUCCCAAUGACACUAUUUAUUUGUAUUGAAAAUUAGUAAUCAUUGUGUGUUUUUUCCAAUGUCAAUGUUUAUUGAUAUAGUAUCUUAUUUGCUAAGCAUAACCCUGAUAGUGCUUAUAUAGCAAACUUUUCUAACCCUCGUGUUCCCAUUUUUACCAUCUGUAUCGUAAUCAAAUUCAAUUUCCAAUUUCCAAUAUUUGCUAAAUUCCUGUUUAAACAUUUACCAUUUGUUGCUGGUCCAACAAUUUUUGCUUGCACUACUUUACUUUUACGAGGGUAUUUUAAAUUUGACCAUCUGUCUGCUUCAAUUGCAUUACAAAGUAUUUCUACCAUUCUUUUGGUUUAAUAUAUUGUUUUAAAUUUAUUGAAAUCGGAGAUAAAUAUUCAAUACAAACUUGUUAUUGACCCAAUUGCAAGUGUAAUUAAACUACGGCUUACUAAAGUUUCAUAUUUAUCUUCCUUAUUUUAAUUUCAGGUAUUAUUUUUGUGUAUUUUUGUGCAACAGAAAAACGUUUCUCAAGAAUUUAUGCAAACAGUGUUUUGGCCGAUAAUUAUGCACAUGUUUAUUGACAAUAUGCUAGUUGAUUUUUCACGCGCUUUUGCAUACCAAUUUGUUUGAUGAAUGCAUCAAUAAAAAACCAAGGCAGCAACAGCGGCAAAACACGCAUUUAAAAUGCAUUUAUUUGAAUUUAAUUUUCAAUUUGAAUUAUGCAUGCAAAUUGGUAGCGCAUCGAUUCUGGCUCACCAUCUCGCUUGCUCGCACUCAGUCUGUUUAUUUUUCUGUUUCUGUCUGAAAUCGAAUCGAAGGCGUCAAGAGUGAGAUGAUGGAAGGUGUUAAGGGAUCGGUGUGGGGACCGGUUGUAACUGGUUUUUGGAGCAUGUUUAGGCCACGCAACACUUGAAACUCAUCCCGGGUAGCCCCUCAGUACAGUGAAACCAACCCCAAGACGAAUGUUUCAGUUUGAAAGUGUGGGAAAUGAAUACAUCUAUAAUCUUUCACUUUACGAAUAAAAUAUUGUUUGUGGCAUAAUUAAAUUGAAAUACAAGUCCUUAAAAUACAUGUUUUAUAAAUGUUGAAAACAUUUUUUCCUACAUUUGAUUAUUUAGCUUGUGUUUUUCAUUAUAAAAUUGUGGUAAAAAUUAUUAUAAAUAACUAGUGGUCUGUUUUUUUGGGUAAUCAGAGCUUUUUCUUUAGUUAGUGCUCACUGUAUUGCCCGACAAGCAUCACAUGCUUAAGCCAACAAAGCACCAGACAACAAAAAAACACGUAAUACAAAUUAAACAGUCGAAACAAACAAACAAAGCUUCGGGGCUGUACAUUUUACAAAUUAAAAUCUUAAUCUGUAUUCAAGAUUAUUUUAAAUUGGUCUUUUAUUAUAAAUUUUAAUGCAAAUGCAAUAGAAAAUUUCUUUUAAUUUGACCAUUGAUGGCACAUCCAAAAUCAACACUUUUUUGUCCGUGUACAGUACAAAUGAACUUCGUGGGCUGAGCCACUGAUAUGCAUGCCCCCCCACAAAAACCGGCGAACCACCGACGAUUGCAGUUACAUUUUUUCGAUGUUGCUGCGGAUUAAACAUGUUUCGGGCUCAAAAUGUAACAUGAUAUAUGACAGCCAAGUGUCGAACUUGAUAAAUGUUUUAAUGAAUUUAUUUUCGUGUUUAUGUGCUGCCUGCCUGCUAGUGACUGAAUCGAGAUCUUUGGCUGACUUUGGUUGGGUUCGACGGCUGCCACGACACCUACUCUCUGGGUCUUUUGUGGCCGUCCGAUUCUGAUGUGUUGUAUAUCCCCACAUUGCCAUUCCCAUUCCCAUUCCCAUCCACAUUCACAUCCACAACCACAUCCACUCACAAGUUAUUCAGGUCCGAGACCGUGACCAUGAUGUAUGAUAAAUCAAAAUGGGGGCAACAUAUGCAGGGACAGUCCACAGUUGGACAGUUAACAUGCUGCGGCAUUUAAGCCGAGAUUUGUGUUCGCAUUCACUCUCCGCCCAGGGACGCAUAAUUAGCUCUUGCUCUGACUCUGCAUCUGACUGUGACUCUGGCCAUGUCAUAUGGAUCUGGAUCUGGAUCCGUAUCUGUUUCUGUUUCAGUUUCCCGCUGGCCAACGUGGCGUAUGAGUCAUGAACACACGUGUGCCCACCGACAAACACACACAUGGACAAUCAUUCGGAAAAAUGUCCUGCAGCAAGAUAAAUGCAAAAUUGUCAACUGUUAACUGUAUACAUUUAUUCACAUUUUUGAUCACAAUACUGCACUGCAGCGGGGAUAUUAACUGUUGAAAUGGUUUGGUAGGCAAAAGUCAGUUAACCGAUAAGUUCUUUACCAGCAGCAAUGAUCCAUUCAAUUUACAUUUACAUUUUUAAAAAUAAAAUAAAAGCAAACCAUAUCUAACUAUGCAAAAUUCUUGUUGCUUAAUUCAUCAAUUAACUGAGUACAUUUGUUGACAACACUAUAUAUUUUCUCAAAGAUAAAAACAACCUUUACUUGUAAUUAAAUUCGAAUAUUUUAUUUUUUUGAUAUCUGCUCACAUAAAUAUUUUGUUGACUUCAAUUUUCGAUCUUAUUAGAGCUGAUUUCAUCCCUCAUCAUUUUGGAUCAACCCCUUUUUUACCUGAAACUCUUUGGGAGUUAACAUUAAAUAAAUACUGGAAAAAGUAUUAAACAACAGAACAAAAAAAGGGGAAAUGAAAUGAGAAAUUCAAUUGUGGCCUCGGUCUGGUCUCGUCGACUGUGGCCGGCUUCAUGCCUUCAUGCAUAUUUAAAUGAGAUUUUGCGUUAACUGAAUUUUUCAGCGGCAUUCUCCAGCGGAGGCGGGGGCGGUUUCGGGGGCGUGGCCAGUCGCAUAUGUAGGCGAGCGAGCGGCCCUGAACAAAAAUAAAAAAACAUAUUAAUUUAUAUAAUGUACGUGUACGCACAGAGAUAUAAAACAUUCAUAUAGAUUUAAAUAAAUUGGGUUCUUCUCAUUUCUUUUUUUUUCCUUUUUUGUUGUUGGUUUUUUUCGCAAUUUUUGUCGUUCAUUUAACGCACAAUGGGGUGGAGGCGUGGCAACAGGCGUGUUGUCGCAUAUGUAUUUUAAAUAGGAUGCAGGCCCCAUUAGCAUAUAAAUUGACGCAGCGACAGUUGAGUGGAUAAAAAAUCUCUUAACCGCUUCGAGAGGCUUUACAAAAAAAAAAAAAAAAUGGAAAGGAUGGCCCGUAACUGUUAACUAGCAUUUGGUUAAAAAAAAAUAAAAAAAAACUAAUUGAAAUGCCCACCAAACAUCACAGAAAAAACCCCCAUUCGUACCACAAAAACAGCACCAAGCUACCAAAUUGACUUCCGUUUCCGCUAAUUCAAAAACAAAAUGAAAUUUCUUCGAAAGAAUGAACAAGUACUUAAAGAGAGAUGCAAACAUAACCAAAUUAGUCAUUAGUUGAUAUGUCAAGCCGUUUAUUUAUUUACACCUUUUUUUCCUAAUCUUAAUUAUAAAUUAAUACACUUCAACUGAGUAUAAUUAUAACGAAUACACAUGGAGGGGAAGCCAGAGAGCUAAAAUGUAUUUAUAUGUUAUGGGAAACGAAAUGCAAAGUUUUGGCCAUCCAAAAUUCUUUCUUUCCUGUAGUUCACUUCCCUAUUUGGUUUGCAAAUGCAUUAAGCAUGGCCUACUAAUCACAUAUCCUUCAACCACACACAUAUAAACACGAUUAAUUAUUAAAUAAUGUUUUUUUUUGUCAGACUAAUAUGAAUAUCAUGCGUGUGUGUCCAAAACGAAUUAUUCAUAUGGUAAGCUAAAAAAAUGAAUACUUAAAACGCAUAAAUACGAAUAAAACAUAAAUAUAAUCAAAAAACAAAAAAAAAAAAACACAAAAGAAAGCAAUUUUUUUUAUCUUAGAUUUUUUGUAAAUACUCAAAAAUCGUAACGAGUGGAGAAGAAA